AUGGAGAAACCUAACACUCCUGAGGUACAUGAAAAAACAUCUGAUACAGAGGAGACAUUCUUUGCUGGAAUAGCAAGUACUGGUCCAUUUAACACAGACCUUCUAAGGACACUAAAGGAAGCCUUAUCACGUCCGGAUGGAGAAUUAUGGAAGUCUGCCUUGGAGGAGGAACUCCUAAGUCUCAAUACUAAUGCAGUAUAUGACACUGUUCCACUUUUGAAGGGAGUGAAACCCAUCACAUCAAAACCUGUGUUCCAGAUCAAGUUUGAUCAAAACGGAAACAUUGAGAGAUACAAACUCCGGAUUGUUGCAUAA